GGAGAUUAUUUAGGCAAAAAAAAAACCCAAUUGUGACAAAAAAUGACUUAGGCGAUUAUUUUAACAGUGUGACACUAUGCUUAACAGCAAAACAAAAACAAAAAAACUGUUGACAUUAUUAGCUCAAAUUGCUCACAUGCUUGCUUUGUUGGCUGCAUAUGAAUGGCAAGUUGCCAGCUGUAUUAGAUUCCAAACAACUUGUUACGUUAAAAGUCUUAAUUUGAAAAUGAAGCCGGAAGAUCGUGUAUUCAGUGUUGUUAAUGCUGCCUUUACGCAGCUCCGUAACGAUGCCCACCAUCUCUGUAACGUUACCUGGAUGAGACGUUCCUGCAUCCAGCUGUUUUCUCGGGCAUCGUACCGAGGCGUGUCAAACGCGAUACAGGACAAUAAUCACCGACGGUCGGCGACAGCUCGCCUUCUCCUUAUCCGUACAGAAUUGCAAAAAAAGAUACAGGUGCCCCGCGAGACCCGGUUGCUGCCUGGCGACAAGAUAAAAAGGGGCUCUCCGCAUCUGUUGCCUGGGUGAAUUCAUUAACACUUAGCAUCCAGCUAGCUAGCCAGCCAUAUCCCAAGGUACGUAACACAACGAGAUGUUAGUUACACCGAAAAUCACGAAUGUCAUCUCUUGUUUCUUGUGAACAGCGCUCGACGCGAAUCCUCAGUACGUAUCGAUUUUGGUUACGGGGCGAUAUAUUGCGUCCGGAGAAAAAAAACGGUGUAGAAAUGGGUUUCAUGUAAGGCUAAGGAGCUAACAGGAGCUAGCAGGCUAGCUUCAUAGGAAAUACAGCUGCAAGUUAUGCGGCUGCUGUAGAGCGUAGCUUGUAGCUACACGCCCUGCUGGCUAAAAUGGAGCGUUUGUUUCCCACAAAGCCAGCUGGUGUCUCAUAUAGAUAUAUACAACGAUUGUACUGCAUUUGAUAGUCAGCUAGAAGGCCGACGCGACAAUGGAGUCUUUCCUGCAGAUAGCUCCCCAUUCCCUGGCUAUAGUUUUGUCCAGGGUCGGGACUGGGGAUGCGGUGGGGGCGGCCGGGGUGUCAGAGAGCGACGCGUUGCCGAGACACCACACCGGCUAUGAGAUUUUUGCCGAUUUCAAAGCAGAGAAUACCCAGCAACAUGUGUGGAACCAGAGGAUUACCGAGGCAGUGUCCGAGACCUUCUUCUUGGGAUGGAUAGAUGAGCAUGUGCUGCUAAUCCAGGGAAAGGAGGACCAUCUGGAGGUGCUGAGGGAGGGCUGGAUGCGGAGGUCCCUCAAUCCGCCAAGGGGAUUCACCAUCAAAUACCUGGGGGAUGUGUCACCAAUCAGUAUGUCCCCCAUCAGCCAAUCGCAGUUCAUCCCUUUGGGAGAGGUAUUGCUAUUGGCUGUCUCUGCUAUGAACUCCGCCCACAAGCCUGUCACUCAGGAGGCCCUAACUGAACACCUGCAGACAUGUUUUCCAGGUGUCCCCACACCAACGGAGGAGGUUUUGCACCACACGCUAAGCAUGCUGGUCCGUGAGCGGAAGAUCUAUCCGACACCUGAUGGAUAUUUUAUUGUGACACCUCAGACUUACUUUAUCACUCCGAGCUUAAUCCGAACCAGCUCCAAGUGGUACCACUUAGACGAGCGAUCCGCUGAACGAAACCAACAGCAGCAACAUCAGAACCAACAGCAGCAUCAACAGACGCAGUGCACCUCCCCUCUCUCUGGCACCAUCACCCCGUCAACCUCUGGAGUUGUGCGAGAUCGAAUACACCAAAAGUCAAGCCAGAACCACAGUGUGGGAGGCGUAGGAGGUGGGGAUUCUUUUUACAACAACAGUUAUCGUGGAGACGACCCCCCAAGUCACCACACCACGCUGCAGCGACGAUCUCCCAAAGACCACCGGGAGGCAUACUCGUCCCCGCACUCCCCACAAACACCUCCUCAGCAAGCAGGAGGCAACACAGAAAAGAGUCGUAGCACCCUUGGGUUCCCUUUCAAGACGGACACACUCACCAAGCACCGAGUCGGGGGAGGGGGCGGGGCAGCUGGAGAGUUAGAGAAACAAGCAGGUGGAGGAAGUGGUACGGGAAGUCGGAAAUUUGGUUUGAAGCUGUUCCGUCUGAGCUUUAAGAAGGACAAAGCCAAGCAGCUGGCCACGUUCUCCGCGCAGUUCCCCCCUGAGGAGUGGCCGCUCCGUGAUGAGGAGGUGCCCAGCCAGCUCCCUCGUCAUGUAGAGAUGGAGAUAAUCCGCAGAAUCAACCCUGACCUCACUGUGGAGAACCUUGCCCGGCACACAGCGGUCAUGAAGCGCCUGGAAGAAGAGCGUGCUCAGAGGAGCAAAGCGUCGUCAGCAAAUCAGAGUUCCAGGAGUAGGAGAAGUGGGGGUAGACACAGGAAGCAGUCUCAGCCGAAACUCAGCCGUUCACAUAGCAAGACAAGGGCAUCGCGGGGUGAUCCAAGCGACGGUUCCAACCUGGAGCUGGCCGACAGGGACUACAGAGCCUACUCAUCCUCACUGGCUCGUUCACCGAGGGAACACGCCCUGGCCAUGGAGCGGCAACGGGCCCGCCUUCACCUGGCACACAGCAACCCCAACAUCCUCGACUCCUCCCAUCUGCCUGUCACACCAGAAUGGGAUGUAUCUGGAGAGCUUGCAAAGCGGCGCACAGAAAUGCCUUUCCCCGAGCCAAGCCAUGGCCCAUCAGCCCACCACUCCAAAGUCCACCGCUCACACUCCCACACCCAGGAGAGGAAGUCCAGGAACGAACGCAGCGAUAAGGCCAAGGAACGAUCCAGAUCCAUGGACAAUUCUAAAGGACCCCUUGGAGCUGGGUUGAUUGGGCCGCCUGAUUAUUAUGACGACAGGAGCCGUUACUAUACUGACGAUGGCACCCUCCGAGCCAAUCAGAGCUCUUCUCACUACUCUCGUGCCACCCCUCCUUCUGCUAAACUGCCUGUGGAUUCUCUUGGGUUGGAUGGUGGCAGAAGUUUAGAGAAGAGUAAGAGCAGGGACAGCCUGCCGGCAUAUUCACCCAAACCACUGCCCACCACAGUCCCUCCUGAUGAUUACUUCCACCAAUGUGCAGGUUCCCUUGAGGCUGCUGUCACUGCAGCAAACCCACUGGGGACUCUAGGUAAAAGUAGCCAUGAUGGAUUAAAACUAGGCAGCGUUGACAGGCAAACAGAUAGACAGACACCUCAUGUUCUAGAGAACAAGGAGGACAUGUCAAAGGUGGGACCUAAGGGUGGCAGCCUGCCUCCAAUACCCCUCUCUAUUCCUGACCCUGCUCUGCCUAAUGGACGACCUCCCCACAGUGCCUCCUCUGGCCAGGAGAAACGUAAGGAGAUCUUUAGUAAAGACACACUCUUCAAACCUCCUCCUAGCCUCCCUUUGCCUGGCUACAGCUCCCUAAGAAAACCCCCAGCCCUCGCCUCCUCUACUCUGUCCUUGUCAUGCGAUGCACUUGAUUCCCAGGAGGCCUUUGAUGCUCCCAAACCUCUGGUGGCCACACCGUCUGCUCCCCCACAGGGAAUUGAUGCCAAUACCAGUGCUGCAGAGGCCUCCUUUGACUACUACAAUGUCUCAGACGACGAUGAGCUCGAGGAGGGGGGGACUAAAAGUCGAGGAGAGAAUGAAAAGGCUGGAGGAGGUGUUGUUGGGAUGGGAGGAGGUGGAGCAGGGACCAUGCAGUGGCUGUUGGAGAGAGAGAAGGAGAGGGAUCUACAGAGGAGGUUUGAAAGAACCCUCACUUUCCCUGGUGCUAAAGAGAACCUUCCAGAACCCAGUCAGAACCAGCAGUCAGCCCACUCUGCUAGACUUGACAGUAUGGACUCCAGUUCCAUCACUGUUGACAGUGGAUUCAACUCGCCCCGAACACGGGAGAGCCUAGCAUCUAACACCUCUUCCAUUGUGGAGAGUAACCGUCGACAGAACCUGGCGCUGAGCCCUGGCCAUCUCGGCAUCACUACUGGCACUGGUCCCCCCUUCUCCUUCCGUGCCAUCCCAGAACCUGCCGGAACCCAAUCGGAGAAACUUCAGAAGCCAAGCGCUUGCCUUGCCUCAAUCACCAGCGUCUAGGGGCAGAACUAAGAGCUGGGUGGAGCACUGACAGCCAAUCCAGAGGGGUCAGAAAAUAAGAUUCCCAACCCUAAGGACUGUUACAUCUUAAGACUGGCUGAAUCAGUGGAGCUGCCACAUGCCCACUGUGGAACUAUAGUUAUUAACAGACGCAAAUUCAGUUGGACAGAUACAGAGGAAUCUAGACCACAAGGAUACUACUCUCUCUCUCUCUGU